AUGUCAUUGCAUCAUCAUCUUGUUGGUAGACCAUCAAUAAAUCGUAAAAAUUCGCAUCCAUUAGAAAAUUAUUGUAAUAAGAAGGAAGAAAAAAUAUUAUUUUACAAUAACAAAGAAGAAAAUGAUGACGAUUUUGAUGAUUUCACACUUGAGAAUUUUAAAAUUAUUGAUGGUAGAAAAUUUAAUAAUAUCGAAGAAUCUUGUGAAUUCUUGCCUUCAAUGUCUAUAAUGGAAACUGUAGAAGUUUUAUCACAACAUAUAUGGAGUGGUAAAUUUUCUUCUCCUGUGAAAGAAAGAUUAAAGAAUGGUGGUGCAUCUGUAAUAGACAUUGGAUGUGGACCUGCAACUUGGUUAAUGUUUAUGGCAGAAGAAUUUCCAAAGUCAUCAUUUAUUGGAAUUGAUAUAGUGAUUGAUUUGAAUGAUUCUAAAAAAGAAUUACCAGAAAAUUUAGCAGUAAUUAGACAUAACAUACUUGAUGGUUUACCAUUUCCAGAUGACACUUUUGAUUUUGUUCAUCAAAAACAUAUGACACAGUCAUUAAAAAUUGAUCAAUGGUCUUUUGUAAUUGAUGAACUGAUACGUAUAACUAAACCUGGUGCCAUGCCAUAUGAUUUGGGUCCAGUGGGGAAAAGAUAUAUGGUUGGAUAUGGAUCAAUCCGUGAAUCUAUUGAACAAAAAUUAAUGAAUUCUGAUAAAAUAGUUGAAAUUAGUAAUCAAGCAAGGAAUUUUCCAUUAGGUGGUGAUGGUAUGACUGGUGAAGUGGUAAGAACAACUAUGGUUGGGUCACUAGAAACUGCUGGACCUUAUAUCUCAUCAUUUAUUGGAGUUAGUUUAGAAGAGUAUAAUGAAAUGAUUGAACAAUGUGCUGUAGAAAAUAUUAAGUAUAAACCUUAUAUAAAAAAUUUUAGAAUAUCUGGAAAGAAAAGAUGA